AUGGCUGGAUCACAACAAGGCAUGGGGAAGCCUGCGGACAUGAUUUGUUUGUGCAUUGGAGGUCGACUCUUUGUAACCCGCCGAGCAACCUUAUACCGGCUACCAGAAAGCCGUUUGUAUCUAAUUGCCACCCAGGGAUCCAGCUGUCAAACUAUGCCCGGCACUGGUACGCCAUCCCCAAAUCCUUUGAACAUGUCCAAUCCGUUAAGUGGUUUCCAGAGCUCAAAUAUCAGUGAAAGAACCGUGGUAGCAGGUGCGACCAUUUUACCGGCCAACGUGGCUUCCCUUGUAACUGGUAAUAUGAACCUUAAAUCUGCAUCUUCUCUAUGUCGAAACCGUAUGUCAAUUGUGCCCGGUGUUUCACCGCAGCCAGCACCAUUGUUACCCAUGACAGAUUCGAGUACUUCCAUGAACUUGUCCGUGCCUGUGACUCCACAGCCAUCUGGUCAAAUGCCAUUGGGUUUCUAUCCCAUUCAGCAAGCUCCCCCAGUAGUGUAUUUUUACGACAGAGACCCUGAAAUAUUCCGUUUUGUAUUGGACUAUUAUCGUACUGGAGAGCUCCAUUUACCGUCAAGCAUAUGUGGACCCUUUGUGCGGAAGGAACUGAUUUUCUGGGGUAUUGAUGAGUCACUAAUCGGUCCAUGCUGUAUGCCUGCGUAUAUGCGAUAUGACGAGGAGAAAAGGACAAAGAAUACUCUCUUUCGUGACUGCUUCGAAGAUAUUGAUUCAAUGCAAAAUCUGGUGAAAUUCUCCAGAGGAUGGAAGAAGUGGCGUUAUCGCAUGUGGUUGUUCAUGGAUCAUCCAAGUUCCUCUUUACCAGCUAAAAUUUGGGCAUCGUGUCUGCUGGUCCUUAUGAUUGCGUCGGUCAUGUGUUAUUGUCUCUCGACACAUGAGGGCUUCCGAAUGAACUCUACGGUUCUUUAUACUACGCACAGCAAGCUACUGCCAACGAACCCAAUUUCCACAAACAAUCAACCAGUCAUUUCCACAAAUUACCCAAGUGAAUUACCUCAUUCUUUGCAACGGACGUACUAUCCCCAAACAACCAGUAAUACUCAAUCGCAUAAGAACCAAACCGCAGGAGAGAAAAAUAAUUCCAACGUAUCCUCCUUGUUUCACAUAUGCGGACCUCGCGGGUCGGCAGAAAAUCCAAAAAUGGAAAAGGAUUGUUCUACCGAACCGACCAACGGUUUAGUUCUAGCAGACAUCACCCUCAAUUGCCUAUUUACUGCAGAAUUCAUGCUCAAAGUCCUACUGGCUCCAGAUAAACCAAGGUUCCUUUCCUCAAUCGUAUCUAUUUUGGACAUAAUCAUUUUGUCUAGUUACUGGGUCUAUAUGGGUCUGUUCUACGUAUAUUAUUAUCAUCCAAAAAUGUUUGUCAGUACAGAUGACAGAUUACGCGAAGAACUAUCCGGAUACUUAUGGCUGAUGAACAUUUUAUCUAUGGCGCAGGCGAUGCGGAUUUUGCGGAUUUUCAAAAUUUCCAAGAUUUCUCGCAUCCUCCGGGUUCUCAUUUUGACUGUGAAGAAAAGUAUUCCCGAAUUGGUGCUCCUGGGUUUCCUCCUGAUGAAUGGAAUGUUUAUGUUCUCCUGCCUCAUGUACAUGGCUGAAUAUCGCAUUUCUGACACAUUUCAAAACAUCCCCGAAUCAUUCUGGUGGUCCAUCAUCACACUAACUGCGGUGGGUUAUGGGGACAUGCAUCCCAAGGGAGGUCCUGGAUAUUUCGUCGGCUCCGUUACUGCAAUUUGCGGUUGUAUUGUCACUGGCCUAGCCAUUCCAAUCAUUGGGAACAACUUUAACACGUACUACAAAUACAUGAAGAAUCAGUUGAUGGAGGAUAAGUAUCUUAAAGCUUUGAGGAAAGACAUGGAAGCAACUGGUCAAUCUGGAGGAAAAGGGGGUAUUGGAGCCGCAGUAGAGAAGGGUGGCUUACCGCUACCUGGUCGCAAACCGAGGCAACAGAUGAAUCGACGAAAUAUCCGGGAUCGUGGACGUCACAAAGGUCUAAAAGAGAAACUGGAACACGCACUCCAUGUAACCACGGACCCACUGCGACGAUAUUUUACGCGUGGUUCUGGUAGUCGUAGAGUGGGUAACCGGUAUGGUGGAAUUUCUAAUAGCUCUGCAGUUGGAUCUCUGCAGCCACUGACAGAAAAUCAGCAUAUCACAUUCAACAGUACGGCAGCAAGGAAAUCCAUAGCUGAUGCUAUCAAACUGCACCGCGAAAGUGAACAUGGAAUUGUGAAUGUGACUGGAAGUUGGACAGGAUUGGCAAAGUUGGGUUUCGACUUUAGUGACCGAGAAGCAAGACCAAGUCUGAUAUCGCCACUAACAACAGACAAUCUGCUAACCUCCCUUACGCCUUCCAAACUAUCUUCUCUGAACACCCCACACAUCUGGAUUGAUGGCGAAGAAGCCGAAGAGAAUUUGUCCAACAACGGUUGUCUGCUUACCCUUAAUGAUGGAAAUUCUUUUGGAGCAGGCUACGUUGAUAGCGGUGGCGGAAUUUUCAACGAUCACACUGGUCCGAACCUCCACCAGUUUGAAAAUAUCUCAUCACCAAGACAUUCGUAUCAUGAGGUGGAUUUUAUACCACUACAGCCACAGCAGAUGGCACAUCCUGGGAUGAAGCAGAUGAUCAGCAACAAUGUUUCUGGAUUACCAGUCAGUCAAAUUCAACAGACUGAAAAUUCUCGCAGUGCUCCAAGCUCACAAGCUCAGCUAUCCAGCAAUAAUGGGCCACUAGAAAAACGUACUAACUACGUUUAA